GCCCGCGCCGAGCACCCCGGCCGGAGCGCUGAGGGAGGGGGCGCGCUGCUCAGCCCCCGCCGCGGUCCCUGGCCCCGGGGAGGAAUGUGCCACCAGCUGUUCUCCGCUCGCGAGCGCUGCGCCCUGAAGUGAAGAAAGUGGAGAAGACGAGACAAAGGCUGCGGUGGGACGGAGGAGUUGGGAACUUGGGUUGGACAAACAAAAGGUGAGGAAGCGGAGAAGGACUCGAGCGAUGGCAGCGCGGCACCCUCGCGGGCGCGGAUUCCUGGGAGCUGCGCCGUGACACAUGGUGUCCCGGGACCUGCUGCGGGCUGACUUCCGCGAGCUGGAGCCGGACGCCGGCAAGUUGAGGACUCCUGGAACAAUGGACAACUUCUUCCCCGAGGGAACACGGGUCUGGCUGAGAGAAAACGGCCAGCAUUUUCCAAGUACUGUAAAUUCCUGUGCAGAGGGCGUUGUCGUCUUCCGGACAGAUUAUGGUCAGGUAUUCACUUACAAGCAAAGCACAAUUACACACCAGAAAGUGACCACGAUGCACCCCACGAAUGAAGAGGGCGUAGACGACAUGGCGACCUUGACGGAGCUCCAUGGAGGCUCCAUCAUGUAUAACUUAUUCCAGCGAUAUCAGAGGAAUCAAAUAUAUACCUACAUCGGCUCCAUCAUUGCCUCCGUGAACCCCUACAAGAUGAUCCCCGGCCUGUACGAACGCACCACCAUGGAGCAGUACAGCAGACACCACCUGGGGGACAUCCCCCCCCACAUCUUCGCCAUCGCCAAUGAGUGCUACCGCUGCCUGUGGAAACGCCAUGACAACCAGUGCGUCCUUAUCAGCGGUGAAAGUGGGGCCGGUAAAACCGAAAGCACUAAGUUGAUCCUCAAGUUUUUAUCAGUCAUCAGUCAGCAGUCUUUGGAAUUGUCCUUAAAGGAGAAGACAUCGUGUGUUGAACAAGCUAUUCUUGAAAGCAGCCCCAUCAUGGAAGCUUUCGGCAAUGCCAAGACGGUGUACAAUAGCAACUCCAGUCGCUUUGGGAAAUUUAUUCAGCUGAACAUCUGCCAGAAGGGAAAUAUUCAGGGCGGGAGAAUUGUAGAUUAUUUAUUAGAAAAAAACCGAGUAGUAAGGCAGAAUCCUGGGGAAAGGAAUUAUCACAUAUUCUAUGCACUGCUGGCAGGGCUAGGAGAUGAAGAAAGAGAAGAGUUUUAUUUAUCUAUGCCAGAAAACUACCACUACUUGAAUCAGUCUGGAUGUACAGAAGACAAGACAAUCAAUGACCACGAAUCCUUUAAGGAAGUUAUUGCUCCUAUGAUCAUUGCGGAGUCCUGGUGGAGCAGAUCCCCACAUUUUCUCUACAGAGCUGGUGGUGAGCUCUCACAGGUGACCUUUCAGACAGCUCUGGGCAGGUCUGCAGAGUUACUUGGGCUGGACUCAACGCAGCUUACGGACGCGCUGACCCAGAGAUCAAUGAUCCUCAGGGGAGAAGAGAUCCUUACGCCUCUCAAUGUCCAACAGGCAGUGGACAGCAGAGACUCGUUGGCCAUGGCACUUUAUGCACGAUGCUUCGAGUGGGUGAUUAAGAAGAUCAACAGCAGAAUCAAAGGCAAAGACGACUUUAAAUCCAUUGGCAUUCUUGACAUCUUUGGAUUUGAAAACUUUGAGGUUAAUCACUUUGAGCAGUUCAAUAUAAACUAUGCAAAUGAGAAACUUCAGGAAUAUUUCAACAAGCACAUUUUUUCUUUAGAACAACUAGAAUAUAGCAGAGAAGGAUUAGUGUGGGAAGAUAUUGACUGGAUAGACAAUGGAGAAUGCCUUGACUUGAUUGAGAAGAAACUUGGCCUACUGGCCCUUAUCAAUGAAGAAAGCCAUUUCCCUCAAGCCACAGACAGCACCUUACUGGAGAAAUUACACAAUCAACAUGCUAACAACCACUUUUAUGUGAAGCCCAGAGUUGCCAUCAACAAUUUUGGAGUGAAACACUACGCUGGAGAGGUACACUAUGAUGUCCGGGGUUUCUUGGAGAAGAACAGAGAUACCUUUAGAGACGACCUUCUCAACCUGCUAAGAGAAAGCCAAUUCGACUUCAUCUAUGACCUAUUUGAACAUGUUUCAAGCCGCAACAACCAGGACACCCUGAAAUGUGGAAGCAAACAUCGGCGGCCCACAGUCAGCUCACAAUUCAAGGACUCGCUGCAUUCCUUAAUGGCAACGCUAAGCUCCUCUAAUCCCUUCUUUGUCCGCUGUAUCAAGCCAAACAUGCAGAAGAUGCCAGACCAGUUUGACCAGGCAGUUGUGCUCAACCAGCUGCGAUACUCUGGGAUGCUGGAGACGGUGAGGAUCCGAAAGGCUGGGUACGCUGUCCGAAGACCCUUUCAGGACUUCUACAAAAGGUAUAAAAUGCUGAUGAGGAACCUGACUCUGCCCGAGGACGUCCGAGGAAAGUGCACCGCCCUGCUGCAGCUCUACGACGCCUCCAACAGCGAGUGGCAGCUGGGGAAGACCAAGGUCUUCCUUCGCGAAUCCUUGGAACAGAAACUGGAGAAGCGGCGGGAGGAGGAAGUGACCCGGGCGGCCAUGGUGAUCCGGGCACACAUCUUAGGCUACGUGGCACGAAAGCAGUACAGAAAGGUCCUUUCUUGUGUAGUGAUACUCCAGAAGAAUUUUAGGACAUUCCUUCUGAGGAGGAGAUUUUUGCACCUGAAAAAAGCAGCUGUAAUUUUCCAGAAGCAGCUCAGAGGUCAGAUUGCUCGGAGAGUGUACAGGCAGCUGCUGGCCCAGAGACGGGAGGAGGAAGAAAAGAGGAGACAGGAGGAAGAGGAAAGAGAGAGAGAAAGAGCACGCAGAGAAGCUGAGAUCCGCGCCCAGCAGGAGGAAGAGGCCAGGAAGCAGCAAGAACUGGAAGCCUUGCAGAAGCGCCAGCAAGAAGCGGAGCUGACCCGCGAGCUGGAGAAGCAGAAGGAGAACAAGCAAGUGGAAGAGAUCCUCCGCCUGGAGAAGGAGAUCGAGGACCUGCAGCGCAUGAAGGAGCAGCAGGAGUUGUCGCUGACCGAGGCCUCCCUGCAGAAGCUGCAGCAGCUGCGGGACGAGGAGCUCAGGAGGCUGGAGGAUGAGGCUUGCCGAGCCGCCCAGGAGUUCCUGGAGUCACUGAACUUCGACGAGAUCGAUGAGUGCGUGCGGAACAUCGAGCGCUCCCUUUCUGCGGGAAGUGAGUUUAGCGAACUCGCAGAGUGCGCGUCCGGGGAGAAGCCCAACUUCAAUUUCAGCCAGCCUUACCCGGAGGAGGAGGUGGACGAGGGCUUUGAGGCGGACGACGACGCCUUCAAGGAUUCCCCCAACCCCAGCGAGCACGGCCACUCUGACCAGAGGACCAGCGGCAUCCGGACGAGCGACGACUCUUCCGAGGAGGAUCCCUACAUGAACGACACUGUGGUGCCCACGAGUCCCAGUGCAGACAGCACCGUGCUGCUCGCCCCGUCGGCCCCUGACUCCGUCAGCCUGCAGAACUCGUCCAGCGGGGAGUCCACCUACUGCAUGCCGCAGAACCCCAACGACUUGCCCUCCCCGGAUGGGGACUACGACUACGACCAGGACGAUUACGAAGACGGCGCCAUCACUUCCGGCAGUAGCGUGACCUUCUCCAACUCCUGCAGCAGCCAGUGGUCCCCAGACUAUCGCUGCUCCGUGGGGACCUACAACAGUUCCGGAGCAUACCGGUUCAGCUCUGAAGGGGCCCAGUCCUCGUUUGAAGAUAGCGAAGAGGACUUCGACUCUAGGUUUGAUACGGACGACGAGCUCUCCUACCGACGGGACUCUGUGUACAGCUGUGUCACGCUGCCUUACUUCCACAGCUUCCUGUACAUGAAAGGUGGCUUAAUGAAUUCCUGGAAACGCCGCUGGUGUGUCCUCAAGGACGAAACUUUCCUGUGGUUCCGCUCCAAACAGGAGGCCCUCAAACAAGGCUGGCUCCACAAAAAAGGCGGGGGCUCCUCCACACUGUCCAGAAGAAACUGGAAGAGGCGCUGGUUUGUGCUCCGACAGUCCAAGCUGAUGUACUUUGAAAACGACAGCGAGGAGAAGCUCAAGGGCACUGUAGAAGUCCGGACAGCAAAGGAGAUCAUAGAUAACACCAGCAAAGAGAAUGGGAUCGAUAUCAUUAUGACCGAUAGGACCUUCCACCUGAUCGCUGAGUCCCCAGAAGAUGCCAGCCAGUGGUUCAGCGUGCUGAGCCAGGUCCACGCGUCCACAGACCAGGAGAUUCGGGAGAUGCACGAUGAGCAGGCAAACCCACAGAAUGCUGUGGGCACUUUGGACGUGGGGCUGAUUGAUUCUGUGUGUGCUUCGGACAGUCCCGAUAGACCCAACUCAUUUGUGAUCAUCACGGCCAACCGGGUCCUUCACUGCAACGCAGACACGCCGGAGGAGAUGCAUCACUGGAUCACGCUGCUGCAGAGGUCCAAGGGCGACACCAGAGUGGAAGGCCAGGAAUUCAUAGUCAGAGGAUGGUUGCACAAAGAAGUAAACAACAGUCCAAAGAUGUCUUCACUGAAACUGAAGAAGCGGUGGUUUGUGCUAACCCAUAAUUCCUUGGAUUACUAUAAGAGCUCGGAGAAGAACGCAAUGAAAUUGGGCACCUUGGUCCUCAACAGCCUCUGCUCGGUCGUCCCCCCGGAUGAGAAGAUAUUCAAAGAGACAGGCUACUGGAACGUCACCGUGUACGGGCGCAAGCAUUGUUAUCGGCUCUACACCAAGCUCCUCAACGAGGCCACCAGAUGGUCAAGUGCCAUUCAAAACGUGACUGACACCAAGGCCCCCAUCGACACCCCCACCCAGCAGCUGAUCCAAGAUAUCAAGGAGAACUGCCUGAACGCCGAUGUGGUAGAGCAAAUUUAUAAGCGGAACCCAAUCCUGCGCUACACCCAUCACCCUCUGCAUUCUCCGCUCCUGCCCCUCCCAUACGGAGACAUCAAUCUCAACUUGCUCAAAGACAAAGGCUAUACAACCCUUCAGGAUGAAGCCAUCAAGAUAUUCAAUUCCCUCCAGCAACUGGAAUCCAUGUCUGACCCUAUUCCUAUAAUCCAGGGCAUCCUCCAGACGGGGCAUGACCUCCGACCCCUGAGAGAUGAGCUAUACUGCCAGCUCAUCAAACAGACCAACAAAGUGCCCCAUCCCGGCAGUGUGGGCAACCUGUACAGCUGGCAGAUCCUCACGUGCCUGAGCUGCACCUUCCUGCCCAGUCGGGGGAUUCUCAAGUACCUGAAGUUCCAUCUGAAGAGGAUACGGGAACAGUUUCCAGGAACCGAGAUGGAAAAGUACGCCCUCUUCAUUUAUGAAUCUCUUAAGAAAACCAAAUGCAGAGAGUUUGUGCCUUCCCGGGAUGAAAUAGAAGCUCUGAUCCACAGGCAGGAAAUGACGUCCACGGUGUAUUGCCAUGGUGGAGGCUCCUGCAAGAUUACCAUCAACUCCCACACCACGGCCGGGGAGGUGGUGGAGAAGCUGAUCAGAGGUCUCGCCAUGGAGGACAGCAGGAACAUGUUCGCCUUGUUUGAGUACAAUGGAUACCUCGACAAAGCCAUUGAAAGCCGAACCAUCGUGGCUGAUGUCUUAGCAAAGUUUGAAAAGCUGGCUGCCACAUCAGAGGUGGGAGACCUGCCAUGGAAAUUCUACUUCAAACUUUACUGCUUCUUGGACACGGAUAAUGUGCCAAAAGACAGCGUGGAAUUUGCAUUUAUGUUUGAACAGGCCCACGAAGCGGUCAUCCACGGCCACUAUCCAGCCCCAGAAGAGAACCUGCAGGUUCUGGCUGCCUUACGCCUCCAGUACCUGCAGGGAGAUUACACCCUGCACGCUGCAAUCCCAGCCCUGGAAGAGGUCUACUCCUUGCAGAGACUCAAGGCCCGCAUCAGCCAGUCAACCAAGAGCUUCACUCCUGGCGAGCGGCUAGAGAAGAGGCGGACGAGCUUCCUGGAGGGGACACUGAGGCGCAGCUUCCGCACAGGGUCCGUCCUCAAGCAGAAAGUAGAGGAAGAGCAGAUGGUGGACAUGUGGGUGAAGGAGGAAGUCUCCUCUGCUCGAGCCAACAUCGUUGACAAGUGGAAGAAAUUCCAGGGCAUGAGCCAGGAACAGGCCAUGGUCAAGUACAUGGCCCUGAUCAAGGAGUGGCCUGGGUACGGGUCAACGCUCUUCGACGUGGAGUGCAAGGAAGGCGGCUUCCCCCAGGAACUCUGGCUCGGCGUCAGCGCAGAUGCCGUCUCUGUGUACAAGCGUGGGGAGGGAAGGCCAUUAGAAGUCUUCCAGUAUGAGCACAUCCUCUCUUUCGGGGCCCCCCUGGCAAACACGUACAAGAUCGUGGUGGAUGAGCGGGAGCUGCUCUUUGAAACCAGUGAGGUGGUAGACGUGGCCAAGCUCAUGAAAGCCUACAUCAGCAUGAUCGUGAAGAAGCGCUACAGCACCUCGCGCUCCGUGAGCAGUCAGGGCAGCUCCAGGUGAACAUGGGAGAGCGUCCACGCGUCUUUAGCUUCCGAACGCGCCACCAUCUGGCCUCCGCGGGCUCCAGCGUGCCAAGCCGUGCUGUGCGCGGAGCAACCCGGGCUUUCUGGAAGCCCCUCAGCGGAGAGAGGUGCCUCCGAGGGUCCUUUUGCCUUGUCAGCUUCAUUGAUCAUGUAGUAAGCUGUCAACAGUCUGCACAAUUUCCAAAGCUUUAGUACUCUUAGAUGCCUUAAAAAAAGAAAGAGGAAAAACGAAACCCACGCUGCCGCCAGAGCAGCCGGAAGUGCCUUAACUUGGGGAACC